GUCCUUGGAUCUACCAAAAACCCCCUAAUUACAGCGUCGUAACACCCCCUCCUCUCCCAUCUCUCUUCGCUGUCUUUCGAAAAUACUCGAUUCUUCCUUCCUCCUCAUCUCUGUCACGCCCCCAUUCGAGAUCCUCGGCUAUAUCUCGCAGAUUUUUGAUAAUUUUGAAGGCAAUUCCUGCAAACUUUGUUGUUUCUAGGAAUAAGGGUUUGGCGGGAUCGAUUUGAAUGAUGUGGAGCUCAAUUGCUAACCUCAAAGAGAACCUCAAUAAGAUCGCGCUCGACGUCCAUGGUUCUGACGAAGAGCUUGAGAUCUACGGCGGCGAUGAGGAUUCUUCCGUUUCUGAUCGGCGAAGUUCUCACAGUUUCGCGCAUUCGAAAUCGGCCUCGCGCUCUCCGGUGGCCAAUGGGAUCGAUUCUCCUUUUACUCCCGAGAUUGAACAAUACAAAGCAGAAAUCAAGAAGCUUCAAGAAUCUGAGGCAGAAAUUAAAGCAUUGUCAGUUAAUUAUGCAGCUUUAUUAAAGGAUAAAGAGGAUCAAAUUUCCAGAUUGAAUAAAGAAAAUGGCUCACUGAAGCAGAAUCUGAAUACCUAUAGAAAUGACAGUUUGAAAUCAUCGGCAAAUAGCCCAAGUGUGUUCAAGGGCAAUGGCGAACAAUCACCCAAUCGACAGCAUAAACUUACAGCUCAAGUGAAGAACCGUCCUAGUGGGAACCCAAUAAACAAUGGCAUUCUGUCUAGACAGGAUGGACUAAGCAAUGGAAUAGCACGUGCUACUCAUCCUGAUAUUGAAAGUGAGAUGGAACUAAGAAAUGCAAAUAUGCUGGGUAAGGAAAAGGAGCCUGCAGUUUUGCUAGAAGAGAAAAACAAAUCCUUGGCAGCAGUAAAAGCUAGUUACGAGUCACCAAUUAAACAACUGAGAUUGGAACUUGAAAAAGAAUGCAAUAAGUCUGCAAUUUUAGAACUAAAAUUACAAGAUGAGUACAACUUGAAUGUAUCUGUUCGAGAGGAGCUCUCAUCUUUAAAAAGAGACAAGGACAAAGCAGCUGAUGAGAUGAGCAAAAUGCACAAUGAAUUGAAUGCAAAAAUAUCAGAAAUAAGACGCCUCCAGGUGGAGUUAAGUAGAAGGGAGGAUGAAGAUGCAGACGAUGUGGAGAAUUUGAAAAAAGUAGUUGCAUCUCUAGAAAAGGAAAAUGUGAAUCUUAAGAUGGAAAAGGGUGAACUUGAGGCUGCCUUAAAGACUAGCAGGAGCUGCUCGACCAACAAAACUUCUUCAGAUGUUUCAGAGGAUCCAAUUAAGCAUUCAAAUACUUUGAAUGAGUAUAACCAUCUGGACGAUCACUCAGCCACUGGUUGGACCAACCUUCAGCUCCCUAUCUGCCACUGGUUAGACCAACCUUCAGCUCCCGAUCUGGGUCAAGGACUGAUCCAGAAGGCACAUUCUCCUGGAAGUUAUUCUGGAAAAGAAGAGUUGGAGCUAAAUUUGCAGAAGUUGGAGAAAGAUUUGAAGGAAACAUGCCAAGAAAGGGACAAAGCAUUACAACAACUGACCCGUCUUAAACAGCACUUGUUAGAUAAGGAAUCUGAAGAAUCCGAAAAAAUGGAUGAGGAUAGCAAAAUUAUUGAAGAACUACGAGCAAAUAAUGAAUAUCAAAGAAAUCAGAUAUUACACCUGGAAAAAGCCCUGAAGCAGGCUCUUUCAAGUCUGGAGGAGGUUAAGAUGAUUAAUGACAGUGAACUUCAGAAGACCAGAGGUAUCAUUGCUGACCUAAAUAAAAAACUUGCACGCUGCAUGAGCACAAUAGAUGCCAAAAAUGUUGAACUUCUAAAUCUUCAAACUGCCCUCGGUCAGUACUAUGCUGAAAUUGAAGCGAAGGAGCGGUUGGAAGUUGAUUUGGCUUUGGCAAGAGAAGAAAUAGCUAAACUUUCUGAGUUCUUGAAGGCUGCAGAUCAACAGGCAGAUGUAUCGAAGAGAGAGAAGGAAGAAAUUUUAGCCAAGCUUUCACAAGCUGAUAGGAUGCUAGCGGAAGGGAAAAUAAGAGUGAAUAAGCUUGAGGAAGACAACGCAAAACUACGUCGUGCUCUUGAGCAAAGCAUGACAAGACUUAAUAGGAUGUCAAUGGAUUCAGAUUAUUUUGUUGACAGGCGUAUUGUUAUCAAGCUACUUGUUACUUAUUUCCUGAGAAACCACAGCAAAGAGGUUUUGGAUCUUAUGGUUCGCAUGUUGGGAUUCUCGGAAGAAGACAAGAAGAGGAUAGGCUUUGCCCAACAGGGUGCAGGUAAAGGUGUUGUUCGGGGUGUUUUAGGCCUGCCAGGCCGCCUAGUUGGUGGCAUCUUGGGAGGGAGUUCAGCUGAAGCACAUGCAAAUAUGGCUUCUGAAAACCAGUCCUUUGCAGAUUUGUGGGUUGAUUUCCUCCUCAAGGAAACCAAAGAAAGAGAAAAGAGAGAAUCUAAGGAGGCCAAUGGUGAAUCCAAGGAAGAUCCUGAUGGAAAAAGUCCCAGUGCUAUUGUGGCUACUCCACCAAGGCAUAGUGAGAAGGGCGUGGCUGGUGCUGUGACCGGUGCCUCAUUUUUGAAUAAGCCUAUGCCCCAGAAUUCAUACCCUCCAUUCUCUCAUGGAAAUCCAAUGCAGUCUGUACAUUCUGAUUUUGAGUUUUCGACAGUUCCUCUCACUCAAUCAGAGAGCAGUUCUCGGGUCUCGAGACCGCUCCCAAAAUACUGAAACAUGCAUUGAAUUGUGUAAUUAAUCAAAGGUAUAGGAAAUUUUUUAUGCAGCAAUCAUGUUUGCUGUUUGAUAUAAUUCUUUGAUCCAUGAAAUGAAAUGAGAAAGAGUUUGCCGCA